UCUACAGAGCGAAUCAUGACUUCCCAAAGGGCUUUCAUCUUUCCCAAUGCAGCAAUCCCUACUGCUGCUAAGCAACCAUUUGCAUCUUCCAUAUCAUCUUCUGAAGGUUCCAGGGCUCCAACUGCAUCAGAUUCUGGCAGCUUUUCAAAUCUGUUUGCUUCACUCCCAAGCUCAGAUAAGGAGGUGAAAAGGGUGCCUGGUUGGACAAGUCAGGACGUGCCUGGCAAGUGGGUAGCCAUCAUGACUACCAUGGACGAAGAGGAUCUAAGCGAGUAUUUCCGCAUGCAGUAUGGACAGAAAUUGUUGAAACUGUUGAUGAAAUUCCCAGUGUCAGAGGAGCAGUCUCCAUCUCCUUCCAUUCGACUGCUGGAGAAAAAGAAAGAAGCCAAAUUGGUGCAUCAGGCCAUGGAAGCUCAAAAGGAGGCAUUUAAAACAAGAAUGGAAUCCCUAAACAACAGGUGGGAAGAGCUUGGUACAAAAGAAGUCCAACUGAAAGCAUAUAUUAAGAAAUUUGAGCAAUUCAUUCAGGAGAAUGACCAGAAACGGAUCAGAGCUCUGAAAAAAGCCAACAAGGAACGAGAGCUGAAGAAGCAGCGGGUGAAGGAGCUCGCCAAGGUCAAGUUAGAGAUCGCUGCUCUGAAACAGCAGCACCAAAAGCUCUACAACAAGCUACAGCAAUACUCAAUCUUCAACAAGUACUUGGAGAGUGUGGUGCAAGUCUCUGAGUUUGAAGAAAUCCGGGAAGUCAUUGGACGCUAUAAAACUCUAGUUGGGAUGCACCGGGAUCUGCUGCAGUCGGCCCAGGAGGGGCUGGAGUUGAUUGAACAAGCCAAGGUGCGCCUGGCCCGCUACAAAGAGGAAAAAGACGAUGAGAUUCUGCAACACAACAAUGAGCUGGCCCGCUUGCAGCUGCGCUUUGACCAUGCCCGUAGUGACGUCAUUGCCUGGGAGUCCCGCUGGGCUCAUAUCCAGAACACUGCUGCAAAGAAAACCCUGAUGCUGGGCACUAUCAAGAUGGCGACACUGAAUCUUUACCAGAGUGUAAACAAGCAGAUGAAGGAGGCUUUAAUGGUGCCUCUGGAAGAUACUCACAGACAGCUGGAUAUGGACUUCAAACAUUUCCCAGUUUGCCAGCUUUUUGAUAAAUGAAGUAAAACAAACCUGUUGUCGUAUGUUGUCUACACUUUAGGAUAAAUAAAAUAAUGAAUAGAAACCUCCUCCAAACAAAAUUAGUAAUGAAUCAACUUCCAGUUGAACACAAAUGGUAAGAACCUUUCAUUUCUUAAAAAAAAAAAAGGAGGAGGAGGGGAGGGAAUCACUGGAGAUUGCAGUUUGGGGUGGAAAGGCCAUUUACUACAAAUAACAAACUAAGAGAGUGACCUGGAUAAUUUUCCUAUAAAAUUAUCCUAUAUACAGAAGUAGAUUGUUAAAACUUGGAAGAAUUUCGUGGGAAGGGACAAAGAAAAAAAAUGAAAAAUCAAGUUCUAUUAUUUGAAGGUACUAAAGAUCAAAAUUGUUAAAAGUAAAAGAAAAGAAUAUGAAGUUGGUUUAUUUGAUCAAGGUUAAAAUAGAAAUGUUGUUAUCUCUGUGACCCUUAAUGGACUUUUGCUGAUCAGGACUGAAACAAGAAGGUUUUGUUAUGGUAUGUGGGAAAGAGCUUGGGAGACAGGGCAAAGAGAUGCUGUCUAGGGAAUGGUCAAAUAAGAUCACAAACAGGGUGAAAGGGGGAGAGCCCACAGCUGGAUAGUGGGUGGAGCAAGAGAAGGAGACAGUGGGAGAUUUGUAGUUUCAGACUUGCAAGAUUCUGUUAAUGUAACCUUACAAUAAAAUAGAAUUAACUCGUAUUUCCUGUAUAGUCUAUCUGAGAAGGCUGACAGGUUUUAAGGAAUUGUUUAUGGAUAAAAGAUGGGGUAUGGGAAGAAGACAUCAUUUAUUGUAUUAUAAGAGAAGAUGAUAAGUUAUUAAGUUAUCGUAAGUUUAUCAAGUCAUCUUAAGUUACUAAGAUUGUUUAUACAUGAUGAAGGGGGAGUCAUUUCUUAAUAUAUUUUUCUUUUCUUUUUCUUUACUGU